AUGGGAUAUGGGAGCGACGCUGAUUCGACAAGCAAAAUGAACGUGUUGUGCCUUGCCCUUUUCUGCUGUUUCGUUGCUCUGGUGCAAGCUCGCCCUCAAUCCCGAUUGGAAGAGCUGCGAAAUCUACUCCGAAUCCGGAAAGACCUCGAAGAGGCCCACCCAUGGGCCAGCCGGAACUUUGUCAAGCCCAUCGGCAGCAUUGCCGGCGAACCGAUCUAUCCCCGGCGAUUUGAGUCGAAUGUCGGUGUGGCUUCGUACACCUUUGACGAAAACGGUAUCGCGUAUGCUCGCCGGCCUAGGCCUACCGUAGAACAGAUUCUACAAAACAGCCGCAAGGGCUUCACCUACAUGUGG